AUGGUAGUGGCGGUGAAACGCGCGAUACUGCUUGCGUCCGCAGCCAUAUCGUUCUCGUUCAAGAGGUUCGCCCCCGAACGAUUACUGCAUGAGUCGUUAUGGCAAACAACAGCAGCCAUUUUCUUCAGCGUGAUCACUGUGCGAUUCUUCUGGGCUUCUUUUGUCUAUCCGUUUUUCUUUUCCUCUUUGCGUCACCUUCCUCAACCCAAGCAGACGUCGCUUAUCUUCGGACAAUUCCUCAGGAUCAUCAAAGAGCCCACCGGCGUCCCUCACCGAGAAUGGAUGGAAGAAAUUCAGAAUGACGGGUUGAUCUACUACAGAGGCCUUUUCAAUGCGGAGAGAGUGAUGGUCACCACACCCAAAGCACUCAGCGAAGCAGUAACCUUGAAAAGCUAUGAUUUGAUCAAACCACCCACUUUGAUCAAAGGACUUGCCCGAAUCCUCGGAUAUGGCGUUCUCUUGACUGAAGGCCAGGAACACAAGGUUCAACGUAAGAACUUGACGCCGGCGUUCAGCUACCGCCAUAUCAAAGACCUUUAUCCUGUUUUCUGGGAGCAAUCUCGAGAUAUGAUCCUGGGCAUUGAUAAGGAAAUCUCAAUCAAGACAGACGAAAAGACUAUCGCCGAGGUGGAAAAAGUUGAACAUGAAAUCAAUGUUGACGGCUGGACUUCUCGUGCCACCCUCGACAUCAUUGGUGUAGCUACAAUUGGAAAGUCAUUCGGCGCGAUAGAAGACCCCAACAGCAAGCUUUACCAGACUUACCAAACACUUUUCAAACAGGACUGGCAAACACAAUUGGUCGGAUUCUUGAACACGCUUCUGCCUUUCUGGCUUAUCAGAGUACUGCCGAUACCGCGCAAUGUUAAGGUUGAGAGGGAACGCGUAUAUCUUAGCAAAAUCUGUUUUGAAAUGCUCGCAGACAAGAGAGCAAAGAUAGCUGCUGCGAAGAGAGAUAAGAUAUCCGAUGAGACUGCUGGCGGAGUCGACAUUCUGAGUGUCGCAAUGCAGAGCGGAGCCUUCACUGAUCAUCAGAUCGUUGAUCAACUGCUCACUUUCCUGGCCGCCGGCCAUGAGACAACUGCGACAGCGAUGACAUGGGCUGUUUAUACCCUGGGCAAGUUCCCCGAAGUACAACAGAAGCUGCGCGAUGAGUUGCGUGCCUCUAAUCUUCCGGAUAUCCGCGACACCACUGCGCAUAUUACUGCCGAGCAGAUCGAGCAGCUACCUUACCUUCAUGCUGUGACCAAUGAGGUUCUACGCUUCUACUCUCCUGUUCCGGCGACCAUCCGCAUCGCUGCAAAAGACGUCGUUCUCUCAGGACAAUUGAUUCCUGAGGGUACAAUGGUUAUCACGCCCCUUAUAGCUGCGAACCAUAACUCGUCGAUGUGGAACGAAGAUCCUAAGAUUUUCAAUCCAGACAGGUGGAUGGGUCCUGGUAGAGCGAACACUGGAGGAGCCGAAAGCAACUAUUCGAACAUGACCUUCUCUCACGGGCCAAGAGGAUGCAUUGGAGCCAGUUUCGCCAAAGCGGAAUUUGCUUCCUUACUCGCCGCUUGGGUUCUUGGUUUCGAGACCACACUGGUCGACCCGAACAUGAAGGAUCCAGAUGUGACUGGUGGUAUCAUCAGAAGAAUCAAAGGAGGUCUUCGUGUCAAGGUUACUCGAACGAAUUCUUGA